AUGUCUGCCCAGUCCAACGACCAGCAGAUGGAAGGCGUCCAGGACACCAAGGGCAAGGGCAAAGCCCCUCAGCAGAACGUCGUAGAGGAGUCUGAGGAUUCCAGCGAUGAGUCUGCUGGCGAGGAUCAGGCCGCCGAACCCGAGGAGGCCGACGAGGACAACAUGGAGGAGAUUGAGACAUCCAACAUCAUCCAGGGCAGCCGCACGCGCGGAAAGACGAUCGACUUUGCCAAGGCCAACCAGGAGCUUGAGGGCGAGGACGACGAGGACGAGGACGACGACUUUGUCGAUCCGGACGACGAGAUGAAGGACUAA